UGUGACUGUUGAGUGUGAAAAUUAGGGAGAUACUUUUCCACCACUUUAUUUUUAAAUGGCAUAGCACAAGGAGCAUAAAGUAGAACACGAUCUGAGACUGAACUUUCUAUGCAUUUAUGUUUUUUAUUUUUUAUUUUUCACGGUUGAUGUCGCGGAGUGAUGCUCUCUAUGGCAAAUCCCUGCAGUGCAUUCCAAGCGGAGUUGCUGAUAUGUUUUGGACUAUAGCUCACGCAACAAACUAAAUACCUGAACUGCAGUUUUCUCCAAGUGUACCUGAAAUCAGUCAGAAUGCAGGUAAUACUGUUUGCAGCAGCAGUGAUAUUUGCGCACGACCUCGUCGUGGCCAAGCCGAAAGUGAAAUGUCCAUCCAGGUGUGAUGUGAGUAAAUGUCCCACCCCGAGCUGUCCGAGCGGGUAUGUGCCCGACCACUGCAACUGCUGCCUUGUGUGCGACCUGGGCGAGGGCGCAUCGUGCGGUCGGAAUGAUGACAUUCCAUGUGGUGACGGGCUUGUAUGUAAAUUUCCAGCCGGCAAACGACGUCCCAAGGGUGUUUGCCAGUGUAGGACGGUGCACAGACUGUGUGGCAGCGACGGCAAGACCUACGGUAAUGUGUGCAAGAUGAGGGCAGCCGCGCGUAAAGCGCAACAUCAAGGGCUCCCCGAAAUAAACCAAACGCACAAAGGUCCAUGUGCACCAUCAACCGCAGGUCCUGCACAUCUGAACAGCCCAAGAUACAAGUUUAACUUCAUUGCUGAUGUGGUGGAGAAGAUUGCCCCUGCUGUGGUCCACAUCGAGCUCUUCCUCAACCAUCCGCUGUUUGGCCGUGAUGUACCAUUGUCAAGUGGCUCUGGAUUUAUAAUGACGCAGUCCGGUCUGAUUGUGACCAAUGCUCAUGUGGUAACAAGCAGUGUGACAGUAACAGGCAGCCAGCAUCUACGAGUGCAGCUGCAUGAUGGCCAGACAUACAAGGCCUCCAUCAGAGACAUUGACAAGAAGUCUGACAUCGCCACUAUCAAAAUUAACCCAAAGAGAAAAUUACCAGUGUUAUUGCUGGGCCACUCUGCUGACCUGAGGCCUGGUGAGUUUGUGGUUGCCAUUGGCAGCCCAUUUGCUCUUCAGAACACAGUCACAACCGGCAUCAUCAGCACAACACAGAGAGAUGGAAAAGAGCUAGGCAUCCGUGACUCUGACAUGGACUACAUCCAGACUGAUGCUAUCAUCAAUUAUGGAAACUCAGGAGGCCCACUUGUCAAUCUGGUGAGUGUGAAUGGGUUGGUAAAUAAAUUUUUCUACCUAUUCAAUGUUAACUUUUUCCCCUAUAAAUCUUUUUCACAUCAGGAUGGUGAGGUGAUUGGGAUAAACACACUAAAAGUAACAGAAGGGAUCUCUUUUGCUAUUCCGUCAGACAGAAUCAAUAAAUUCCUUGAUGAGUCUACUGUUAAACAGAAGAAAGGUAUAAAUGACUCCACAAAAAGGUUUAUUGGAAUCAAAAUGGUCACUUUAACUGAGAACCUUGUCCAGGAGUUAAAAUGGCAUAAUCCAGACUUUCCAGAUAUUAUUAGUGGAAUUCUUGUACACGAAGUUGUCCCAGAUUCCCCAGCUCAGAAGAGUGGGAUUGAAACAGGUGAUGUUAUAGUGAAGUUAAACGGCCGUCCAUUGGUCAGCACUGUUGAAUUACAGGAGGCAAUUCAGGAAGAAAUUUCCCUUCUUCUGGAAGUUCGGCGUGGUAAUGAUGAUCUACUAUUCAACAUUGAACCUCAAAUCUUUAUGCACCGACAAUGACAGAGAUCUACAGUAGUGGACAAGCACAAUUGGAAAGUCUACAGAGGUUGAGACCUAUAUGUGCUACAGCUGGAUGGAUCCGUGUGGAUUGGAGAGUUAAGAUAUGAUAAAAUACAGUUAAGAUAUGCCAUCACUGUUGGCCUACAGAGGACAAUUAGACAAGAGCAUGUGACUACUUUACCCACUGACCAGUUUCAUAAUUUGUAAUAAAUUGUCAAUGUGAAUAAUGUAAUGUUACUUUACAGUAAUCACAGGUAUUGCAGUGCCUUCCUGUCAGGCCUGACUUCACAAUAAAGAUGUUUAGGGUUAAAUAAGAAUCAUUUCACUCUGCAUUUAUAUUACACACUGUAUCCUGGUCUUGGAACAACAGAGGCGAGGAUGCUUUCCAUGAUAGUUUUGUCAGACUGAACCAGGAUGGAAGAGGAGAACUUCAGCUUUUUGAAUUCUCUCUUUUGGCCUUUUUUGAUUAUUGCACUGAUGUUAUUCUACCCUUUUUCUGUCCUCAUCUCCUGACUGUGUAUUUUGGAUUUAGCAUCAGAUUAUUGGCAGAAAACAUGCUGCCAUUUGGACCACAACCUUUCUAAAGAUGGACUCAUUGUUGAUUGUUUAUGGAGAUGAUGAGACUCAAUAUAGUGGUGUAAUGGUCAAAUAGGAAGGGCUGGCAGUGAGACGGAUGUUGGAUGGGGCAAAGCAGGCCUAGAAGAGGGAAUAAGGAGAAGACAGAGUUUUUGAUGGGUGCAUCAAAGUGGCAGCAUAACUAGUUUAGCUGGUCUGCUUAAGUUGAGGGCAUCUGAGUUUGUAAGGGGCCAGUUAUGUUUUUUGUUUUGUAAAUCUCGUCCCAGAUUACCAUGUCUGUACAUUAGCAAAUUGGCAAAUUAAAUUAAGAAAAUGAACAAGAAAUCUACACAAACACGGACUGAAAUGCUUAGAUUGCUACAACCUCGACUGCUUAAUAGAUUUGUUUCUUGAGAUUACAGACUGUUAAUUUCAUUGGUAUUUUGGUAUUGUGUUUGUAUUGGGUACUAGUCAAUUGCACUGGAUUCUGUUGCACCAGUGAUAUGCAUUAACAAACUCCAACCUAACACAAAAGGUCUGAUAUAAUUCUUAUAAUAAGCUGUAAGUGUGAACUCUCAGUGUUUAAUUACACUGAACUUGAUUCACUUGUGGACAGUGUUUCCACAUGU